UUGUUUGUCUGAAACUCUCCUCCACUCUCUCUGCUCCCUAAUUUCCAAGAGAAAAGGAAAACACAGAGAAGAAAUCAAGGGGGAUCGAUGGCGGAUCAGCUGACUGACGAUCAGAUCUCUGAGUUCAAGGAGGCCUUCAGCCUUUUCGACAAGGAUGGCGAUGGUUGUAUCACCACAAAGGAGCUUGGCACUGUCAUGAGAUCAUUGGGGCAGAACCCAACUGAGGCAGAGCUCCAGGACAUGAUCAAUGAAGUCGACGCUGAUGGUAAUGGGACCAUUGACUUUCCUGAGUUCUUAAACCUCAUGGCCAGGAAGAUGAAGGACACUGACUCUGAGGAGGAGCUGAAAGAGGCUUUCAGAGUUUUUGACAAGGAUCAGAAUGGCUUCAUUUCCGCUGCGGAGCUCCGCCAUGUGAUGACCAAUCUUGGGGAGAAGCUCACUGAUGAGGAAGUUGAUGAGAUGAUCCGGGAGGCUGAUGUUGAUGGCGAUGGCCAGAUAAAUUACGAGGAGUUCGUCAAGGUGAUGAUGGCUAAGUGAUACUCUUGUCAAAAUCCCAACUCACUUGAGAACCAAAGAAAAGGGAAAAAAAAAAGGGAUGAGGGCUUAAUUUUAAUUUGGGAAUCCUAGCUUCCAUUUUUAUGUUAUGGUUUUUGUAAUCAAGCCUUGAAAGAAAGUAGUAGACUCAUGUUGUGGUCCUUUGACAAUGGUUUGGCAGUUCUUUUUUUUUAAUUUUUUUUAUGCUCCCUUUUAAUUGUUUCA